UGUGUGCGAUUUUUAAAACAUUUUCAACUAAAUAAAAUCCAGCGAUUUUCUAAUUUUACUGCUGCUUCUACACCUCGACAAAAAGUUGGAUUUAUUCUACCGGCAAAUCGAUUAAACAUGGUGCGAAGUGGAAUGAUGCGUGGAGGUCGCGGUGGCAUGGGGAUGGGAAUGCGAGGAAUGCGCGGUGCUCCCUAUAUGAACAAGAAGAGCUUCCUUCCUCGACAUCCAUUCGACCUGACUUUGGCCGAACCGGCUUUCGAACGGGUUUCACCAGCAGCGGAUGAUUCGGUACUCACCAACGCCUUGCUCAAACGUAGCCAGGAUCUGACACCAACUCCCCAGGAACAGACGGCCAUCUCCAAUCUGGUUACCAAGGUACAAGCCGUACUCGACAGUUUGGUGGUAGCUCCGGGUGAGUUCACUAAGUGUCAACUGGAUGAAGUUCGGCAGGUAGGUUCUUUCAAGAAAGGAACAAUGAUGGCUGGACACAAUGUAGCCGACGUGGUUAUCAUUCUAAAAACAUUGCCCACCAAGGAUAUUGCAGAAGUUUUAGGCAAAAAAGUUGAAGAAGAUAUACAGAAGUCAAUGAAAACCGAAGUGGUUCCCAAGGCGGAAGCGAUAUCAUUGGAAUUCAGUGAAAAUUGUUUUGAAAUUUCUAACUCACUGGCGAAGGUUCGCUGCUUGAUCGCUACUCUUCCGCAAAAUAUUCGCAAGUUGGAUGCCGAGAAACACAUUGAUUUUAAGGUGGUCCAGAGCCAUUUAGCAUCCAUCAGACAUGCCCGCUGGUUUGAGGAAAAUGCACAUCAUUCCAGUAUUAAGGUACUGAUUCGAAUUCUCAAAGAUCUGGCCAGCCGUUUCGAUGGUUUCGCACCGCUAAACCCUUGGAUUUGCGAUUUGCUGGCACAUUCUGCCAUUAUGAACAACCCAAGCCGCCAGGCACUGCCCGUUAAUCUGGCCUUCCGACGAAUUUUCCAACUCCUUGCUUCGGGCUUGUUCGUUCCUGGCUCAGCCGGCAUUACCGAUCCUUGUGAGGUAGGUCACAUUCGAGUGCACACAUCGAUGAGCUUGGUUCAGCAGGACGAAUGCUGCAUGACCGCCCAGACGCUGGUGCGGGUGCUUGCCCAUGGCGGCUACAAACACAUUUUGGGCUUUGUUGAGAACACUACCGUUGCGAAGGAGAUGUCCGUCUGGGAUGGUGUGGUCGUCUCACCAAUGGAUCCGGCAUACGAAAAACCAACGGAAAAGAAAGACGGCGACGACGAGGAUAUGGAAUGCGUCGAGGAAUCCACUAUGGAAGCGGAAGACAACGGCGAAUAGCUGCGAUGCUCUGCAAAAGACGUAUUUAUAUCACAUUAUAAAGGAAAUAUUGGUCAUUAAGCUUAGCAUUUAUGAUGCUUUAAAUAUAUAUUCUGCACUCUGUAGUAUUCUAAUUGGAUUAAUAAACUUUAUACGU